AUGGUUCUAAUCUUGGCUGGUGAGAAAAGGUUUUUGCAAUUGCACGAGUUGGACGAAAUGAGGUUGCAAGCUUAUGACAACUCCAUGCUAUACAAGGAGCGCACAAAAGCUUGGCAUGAUAGUAAGAUAAAGAGAAAGGAGUUCAAGGCCGGAGAUAAGGUGCUAUUAUUUCAGUCUAAGUACAAACUCAAAGCACCGAAGCAUAAAUCGAAAUGGACAGGUCCUUAUGAGGUUAGGAAGUGCUUUUCGUCUGGUUAUAUGGAGUUGAUUGGUUCAACAAACAAUUUUAUUGUGAAUGGCCAACGCUUGAAGCAUUAUCAUGAAGAAGAUGAAGAAUAUGUGGAGAUGUUCGAGAUUGGCUUUUAUGCCAUUAACAAAUGA